AAACCAUCUUUAGCUUCAAGAUCAAGGUCCAAAUGAAGAUCAUAACACCGACCCGGGAGAUCAAUGAUGCCUAGCUGUUCUUCAGUGAAAUCAUAGCACCCUACUUUGGCUGGUACAUUCCCGGCCCAAAAUGAGGGGCCUGUCACCGCUGGUGGUGGAGCAGUGUGCUGUGGUGGCGGGGCUGCUGGCUUACCUCACCGGUUUGGUGACAGUGCGCCCUCGGCCAGCAGGGAGACCCCAAGAUAACUUAUCCAGAUACCCCAAUGACUCUCAUACGGCCGUGGAAAAGGUGGUGGUGGUGGUGAUCGAUGCGCUGCGUGCAGACCACCUCGCCACUGCCACUGCUCCCCUUAUGCCCUACCUUCAAGGACAGCUGGCCUCUGGUGCUGCACGGGGCUAUGUUGUCCACACAGCUUCCCCAACUGUCACUUUGCCCAGGAUCAAGUCGCUGGUGACGGGCAGUGUUCCGGGUUUCAUGGACAUCAUUGAAAACUUUGGCGCUGGAGAGCUUGUGGAGGACAACAUCAUUCGAAGGUGGGCAGCGCAGGGGAAACGAAUCCACUUGUAUGGGGACGACACUUGGCUCAAGGUGUUUCCCACACAGUUUUCAAAGCAUCAGGGUGUCACCUCCUUCUUUGUCACAGAUUAUACAGAGGUUGACCACAAUGUGACACAGCAUCUCACCAAAGUGCUUCCCUCUGAUGAGUGGGAUGUAUUGAUCCUCCACUACCUUGGCCUGGACCACAUUGGCCACCUGGAGGGUCCCAUGAGUCACCUGAUUGGACCCAAGCUGCUGGAGAUGGAUGCUGUGGUCAAGAACAUCCACACCACUCUUGAAGCCAAGGGGCUGAAGUACUUGGUGUUGGUGUGUGGCGACCACGGCAUGAGUGAUGCAGGUGGACAUGGUGGGUCCUCCCACUCAGAGGUUACUACUUCUGCAUUGUUUCUCUCCAAUACUAUCAUCAAAAAGAGGCCAGAGAAGGUGCAGGAUGCAAGGCAGGUGGAUCUGGCACCUACCCUUGGCCUCCUGACAGGUAUUGGAGUGCCUGAAGGCAGUGUGGGACGGCCAAUAGCUGAGUUGCUGCAAAAUAUUCCACCAGAGAAGAGAAUGGCUCUACACAAUCAGGCUGCCAGACAGCUGCUAGCCAUUGCUAAGGGGUCUGGCCUACAUCUCAAUCAUGGCAAUGUAGAGCUGCUCUUUGAACAAACAACACUACUUCAUGAAAGAAUUGUACAAGACUUGCACCAGAACCCUGCAGGCAGCAGACCUGAAGUUGAGCGUGUCUGCAAGUUUUACGGGGACUGCCAGCAGGAAGUGUCUGAUGCUCUCGCUGCCCGCCAGCAGAGUUACGACCUUCCCAUCAUAUAUCUUGCCACCUUUGCUCUCCUCAUGAUAUUUGUGGGGUGUAUGUGGCGGCAGCUUAAGGGAGGCUCUGGGGCUCCAAGGAAGCAAGUGGUAGGUACCACAGUAGGCUGGUGUGCAGGCUGCACCUUUCUGGGUUGGCUCCUGAUGUGUGCUGGUGCCUCUGGAUCAAAGAUGUGCCACCUGCUGCAGCCCAGUGCCUGGCUGCUAUUCAUGGCAUUUGUCUACGUCAUGGUGUCACUGGCCUCAUCCUCAUCUUCUUCCACCAUCACCAGGACCAUGCACAAACCUCCAGAUAAUCCUGGUUCGAAAGAUGCAGUCCACUACUUUCUGAUAUUUGGAACUUGCCUUCACUCACUGAGUCUGCUGGGAACUAGUUUAGUGGAAGAGGAACAUCAGACAUUGUACUUCCUCACCACCACCCUUCACCUGUAUCUCAUUUUCAAGAUAUUAAGAUUUAGCUUCCAAGGUUCAGAUGGUUGCCAGGGCCACAAGUCUUCUGCUUACAAGACCACCAGCAAGGAGGAGGACGACACCAGCUACAUGCAUCUGCCCACUCAAGUGAAGCAAGGGAAUCGUGAACUAAGUCUUCUGGAAAAGGCUUACCUUCCUCAAAAUAAGAUCCUGUUGCUCCUGGCAUUGAGUUUGGUGCUGAGCAGAAUCCUGAGGGCCUGGAAUGCCACAGGGGACAAGUGGCGGCACUUGGAGGUUGGUGACAUCUUGCGUGCUAUAGGAGGGAGAGCACUGGUCUUUGUGGUGGUGGCUGGACUUGUGCUUGCCUUCCUUUUACUCCUGCACACAUCAUGGCCGCUUGUGUUGAUUGCACUUGUUGCUAUAUUUGGCCGACAUUAUCCUUUUCUUGCUAGUGGCACUUUUGAGGCCCAGGUUGCAUACUUAGCCAUAAUUUGCUUAUAUGUAUAUGGACUCUUCAAAGCCAAACUAAUUGACUUGCGAGCACACAAUAAGGUUCCCAAAAUGACAGAGGCUUAUGAUGUAGAGGACGAUAAGAUGAGCACUCUGCUUCGGUACAGCUACACUGCUCUCAGUCUACUGUGUCUGCUUCUUCAGCGGAUAGACAAUGUGGGAAUGCUGUCCUUUAUCCUGCUGCAGAACUGGAUCUUGAGUCGCGUGCUGUACAGGUUGGCACUGGCCCGGCACUUGUCAUGGGAGGGAGCAGCAAUGGCUGUCAACUGGCUGGCCUUCACUCACUACUUCAAUCAGGGUAACAGCAACAGUCUGACAACAAUAGAUAUGAGUGCUGGGUUUGUGGGUGUGAGUUCCUUCCAUCCUCUUCUGCAUGGUGUUCUCAUAGCCACCCAGACGUUUGGUGGCACCUUCCUCACCUACCUGGCCUUCCUGGUCCACAUUGCCUCCAAGGAUGGCUCAAAGGAAAGGUGGCAGAGGCAGCUGUAUGUGUGGUGGUGUGUGCGUCUGGCCACAGUGACACUCUAUGUCCUCAAUGUGUUGUGUCAGCGCCACCACCUCUUCAUCUGGUCUGUCUUCACCCCUAAGCUGCUGUAUGAAGGAGCUCAUGUCUUGGUGCUGUGUGCCCUCACCCUCUACAUGUGGGGUGUGGAGAAGGUGUGCACACUGCUUGAGGUCACAUAUAGAUUUGAGUAACUCUCUCUCUCUCUCUCUCUCUCUCUCUCUCUCUCUCUCUCUCUCUCUCUCUCUCUCUCUCUCUCUCUCUCUCUCUCUCUCUCUCUCUCUCUCUCUCUCUCUCUCUCUCUCUCUCUCUCUCUCUCUCUCUCUCUCUCUCUCUCUCUGUUAAUAGACUUUUAUUCAAAUAAUGAGUUAGAUUUUCCAUAGUAAUUUUAGAAUUUUUAUAUAUUUUUAAUUUAUCUUUUUAGAAUUUAGCAAUUGUGAUCUAAUACUGUGGUGUAAGAAUUGUAGUGGCAGGAUAGGGAAAGGCCACAUAAUGGAGAGGCAGGAGUAAAUUGGUGUAUGUUGCUAGGCCUUGCUGUGGAUGUGGCCAGCUUUGCUAAGAAAAUGAAUGAUGUGUGGAUGAGUGUGUAUUGCUUGGUCUAGGGCACCUGCAUGGGAUUACUGGCCUGGUUUAUAGAUAGCUUUAGAUACAUUAGAUAGAUACUUUGUUGAUUUCAGACAAAAUGAAAUGUCAAUUUAGCACAAUUGUGAUUUUGAAGUGAUUGUAUCAUAAAUCAUGUUUUGAUGUCUCAUGAUAAAACUUAUUUUAUUCUUUUAAAAAGACAUGUGAGAGCCUAGUCACAAUCAUAUUUACAUAGCAUUCACUAUUAGAGUGAAAUUGAGAAACAGACUUCUUGCAUGCAUGACUGAUGUAAAUUUUCAAAACUACAAAAAAAGAAUUGCACUCAGACUUGAACAGUUGACCUGUAUAAUAUUUCUUGUCAUUCAACUAAACAUUGGUGGGAUGCACAAUGGUGAAACAUUAAGGAGUUUGCAUCACUGCAUGUGUUAGGGGCCAGAAUACAUAUAUGCAUAGUAUUUGAAUUAAUGUGAAUUUGUCAGCUAUGAUAAGUCCCUAUUUUUGUGUGGGCACCUCUGAGGCCUGUUGUUGGAGGUGAAGAAAACCACAGCAGCUUGCAGUGGGCCUGGAUCUGACCAGCUGUGAUGUGAAGUAUGCAAAGUGUUGGGGAUGGGGAUCUCUUGUGGUUAUUACAGGCACAGCAUAAGUUCUUAUCUGAACUUAGUCAUAGCAAUUAGCCCAGUAGUUCCCUUACUGCCCAGUGUUGAGGCAGUGAGGACCUGAUACAUGGAACCUUAUCAUGACAUUCCCAUGUUUGGGGGAGUUGCUGGGAGUGGGUUUCAAGUUCAAAUAGAUAGUAUGCAAUUAACUGUAUUUAUUAAACUACUCAGGGUUGCAUUUGUUAUUCAUGUAGAAGUCAUUAGCAUCCCCAACCCUGAAGCCUGUUAAAACAUUUUCCACUACUGAAGAUCUUGUUAUGACUGAGCCUCUAGUGUGCACACAAAGGAUGGUCUAAGUAAAAUUGAUGAAGUGUGUAUAGCUAACACUUCCAGUCUGUCUAAACAUUUCUGCUUAUCAGGAUUGUCUGAUAGGAACUUUAUUGAAAAUAUUUCUACUAAUAUUGUCGUCCAUCAGCUACGUUGUUGCAAGAUAUUAAGGCUAUAUCUUGAUUUCUUUGUAAAAAUAAUAAUAAAAAAUACGCUC